GCCCUCUACAGACUGGGUUCAUAUAAGAGUCCGAGGGAAUCUCUUUUUAAUCCAAAGGUCUCGAGUAGGGACGUGAAACAACGCAAUUUUCAAGGAUUACAAAACAUCUAUCCAUCCAGCAGGACUGUCACAAACUAUAUAACAAACUUAUUAGCCAAGGAAACUCAGCAAAAAUGACCAGGUAGCUGGAACAUCUUUAUUUUCCUCCACGGGAGCGUUAUGUGGAGAGGACUCAUUGCCAUUGCUUGGAGGACAACGCCUGGAUAAGGAAGAAAGUGCAACGUUUGCUGUUAUCUUGGAACGGAGGGUUAUUACGGAUACUUUACAAACAUGGUUCAUGCAGUUUGUUAUCGUGUAUUUCAAAGCGCCUGUGUGUUAAUGCUGCUCAUCGACUGCAGUGGAGGCUCAAUAUCCCAGCAGACCUCCCAUCUAUCCUCAUAUGAGGUGACUGUACCGAGACGUGUCAGCAGACAGAGGAGAGAUCAGGACAGUGUAGAUAAGGUUUCAUACUUAAUCCAGGCUCAAGGGAAAGAACAUGUUGUUAUCCUGGAGAGAAAUGAAUUGCUUCUCCCUGAUGAUUUCACUGUGUACUCCUAUGCAAAAGAUGGAUCUCUGGUCACAGAGAGACCAAACACGACAGGUCAUUGUCAUUACCGUGGUUACAUAGAGGAUGUGGAGGGCUCUUCUGCUGCACUCAGCCUGUGUUCUGGAUUAAGGGGUAUAAUCCACACAGGGGGUGAAAGUUUCGGCAUUGAACCAUUGGAAGAUUCAUCCACUGAUGAGCACUUGGUGUAUCGAUUGGAGGAUGUAAAAACCGAACCUCUUACCUGUGGAACGCCUCAUUUUAAUAACCAUGACGAUGAAGCAACGUCAAGGCAACAUAUGGAUAGCCAUGUCCAUAAUAUCACAUUUGGUCAAGCUGGCAGCCAUCUAAUUAGGAAAAAAAGGGACGUGCUGCAUCAGACUCACUAUGUGGAGCUGUUUCUUGUGGUGGAUAAUGAUAGAUUUAACUACAAAAAGGGAGAUCAGAAGGCGGUGCGAGAGGAAAUGGUCCAGAUUGCAAACUAUGUUGAUAGCAUGUACGUGCCUUUGAAUAUUCGUAUUGUGUUGGUGGGUCUGGAGAUCUGGUCUAUGCAGAACCUCAUCAGUACAGAUGGCAGUGCUGGAGAAGUGCUGGGUCGCUUUACUCAGUGGAGAGAGAGAGAGCUCAUCCAACGCCGGCGCCAUGAUAGUGCUCAGCUUAUAUUAAAAAAAGGAUUUGGUGGAACAGCAGGCAUGGCGUUCGUCGGGACAGCUUGUUCCAGAAGUCAUAGUGGUGGAAUUAAUUCGUUCCCCAAUGAUAAUGUGAGGUCGUUCGCCUCCAUUGUGGCUCACGAGCUCGGUCAUAAUCUUGGGAUGAACCAUGACGAUGGUCGAAACUGUAGAUGUGAUGUCAAACACUGCAUCAUGAACUCAGGGGCAACUGGUUCUGGUAACUUCAGCAGCUGUAGUGCUGAUGAUUUUGAGAAGCUGAUCCUGAAUUCAGGUGGUCGAUGUCUACUGAACAUACCGCAUCCGGAUGAGGCAUACAGCACCCCCUUCUGUGGGAACAAGCUGGUGGACGUGGGUGAAGAGUGUGACUGUGGGUCAGAGGAAGAGUGCGCAAAGGACCCUUGCUGUGAGCCGAAGACUUGUAAGCUGAGGUCAGGUGCUCAGUGUGCAUUUGGUGUCUGCUGUAAGAACUGCAGGUUUUUACCUGGCGGCACCGUAUGCAGAAGCAAAACGGAUGAAUGCGAUUUACCAGAGUACUGUAACGGCUCAUCUGCCUUAUGUCAGAAUGAUGUCUUUAAACAGAACGGUUAUCCCUGCAAACAGAACCAGUCUUACUGCUACAACGGCCAAUGCCAGCACUACGACAGCCAGUGCCAGGCCAUAUUUGGCACCAAGGCUAAAGCUGCUCCUGGGCUGUGUUUUAAGGAUGUGAACUCUAAAGGCGAUCGCUUUGGAAACUGUGGGUAUCAAUCCAAUGGAUUUAAGAAGUGUGAGAGCAGGAAUGCCAUGUGUGGGAAACUACAGUGUGAGAACGUUGAGGAUUCAGUCAUAUUUAGCAUCGAGCCGGCAAUCAUCAAGAGCCGAAUAGUUGGCAUUUUCUGCUAUGGUGUGGACUUUCAGCUGGGCUCUGAUGUGCCGGAUCCUGGCAUGGUUAAUGAAGGCACCAAGUGUGGAGAUAAUAAGGUUUGUUUUAAUUAUGAGUGCAAAAGUGCAGACGUGCUAAAUUACGACUGUGAUGCCGAAAAGAAAUGCCACGGCCAUGGGAUGUGUAACAGCAAUAAACACUGCCACUGUGAAUACGGAUGGGCUCCUCCAUUUUGUGAAGCCUCUGGGUACGGAGGAAGCAUAGACAGUGGCCCCACCUGGAACGAUAAAGAUACUUCUACACGAGAUGGUCUGCUUGUGUUCUUCUUCCUGAUUCUUCCUCUUCUGGUUUUGGGUCUGUAUGUGUUCUUCAAGAGGAACGAGCUUAAGCGACGCUUUUUCAGAAAGAAACGCUCUCAGGGCUACGAAGCUGACAGAAGACCGCAGACCACUGUGUCCCAACGGGGAAACCCUAACAGUAUAGUAAAGGAUGGGCACACAGCUCAGUUAUUGCCACCAGCAGAGGUGGUCCAGACUAAUAAAUCUGCCUCCGUACCAUCUUAUGCCACCAGACCUCCACCACCUCCAUUUGCACGACCACCUGCUCCUAUAGCGCCUCAAAGACCAGCACCCGCACCCCCGGUAUAACAGUAUAGCAUUCUCUUCAUUAAGCUGAAUGGACCAAGUGUGAAAAAUGCAGUGGGCGGAGCCAAAGAGGCAUCAGGUGGUCACACCCUCUGACUCUCCUUCACUUAUUCACCCCUCCGUCUGUUAACAGCUGUCAACUGUCCAUCAAGCAGAGAGACAUUCGCUGUUGUGAAAGAAACCACCAUUUGCAAUACAUCACAUAGGAUGGGAGCAAGAAAACUUUUUAAAAGACUCCCACUGAACUAAAAGACACCCAAGAUCUCCAUAAUCAUGUCCAUAAUCAUGUUUUCAUGUGCUCUGUAUGACCACUGCAAGCAAUUGCACUUCAAUAAUAGUCACUGUUUAUGAAAAAUGUACAGAGACCCUAUGACUGGCUUUAAAGAUGUUGAUUUUUAACUUUUUUUUUGUUUAUUGGAAUUGCUUUUUAAAUAUCACAUUUAUUCAUGAUUACUGACUGCAUUACCUUUUGUAAUGUGUAAUGGUAAAUGCUGUAAUUUAAUUGACUAGGCAUCCCUAAGAUAUUUACAAGUUAAUGAGGUGGUUAAGAGUAUUUAAAUAGCCCAUGUUAACUGCAAAUCAUUGCACUGUGGAGCAUAAUCCUCACAUUCAGGUUUUCUUAUGCCACGGUGCUUUACUUUAUCAGUGACUUAAUUCAUCAAGUGAUCUUGUUUUAUCAUUUGAUGUUGUUGCUGCCCAUCAAGAUAAGACCAUUUAUGCAUAGUUUUAUUUGCGUACUUUUUAUUUAUGUGUAACUUUUAUAGAAAAUCUAUUUUUUAUUUGUCAUGUAAAAAUCUUUUCCCCGAGUCUAAUGUCAGGUUACUACUUUUUAAUAUUAUUUCUUUUUGAAACUAACUGAUUUUGUUUUACUGCUGGUUUUGUUGAGGUGUUAACGUGGUUCUUACUUUAAUACCUGAAACUACAAUAACAGUAAAAACAAGCCGUCUAUGUUUUUCUACUGUCACGUUAAAGGGCUCAUUGACUUUAUGCAUGAUACCACAUACUAUGCCACAACUACAACGUUUCUUCCUUGCAGAAAUUGCAUAAAAGACAGAAGACAAUUUGCCUGCAUGUUUUCAUAAGCGUUUUGUCUUUGUGAAUGACAUGUUUCCUGUGAUGAGAUCACAUAGUAUGUGUAUAGUUCAGUUUACUAUGUGUCACCACCAAACAGCUGUAACAUGCCUCUGCUGAUAUUUCAGAGCGCAUUGAUCACUGUCCUGACGUUAGACCAAAAUUUUUCCCCCCGAGUAAGGCAUGUUCCUGGGUCAGUAUCAUUUAAAAGUCCUGGAACAACAUUCCAGUGAAAGAACAAGAGUUUUUACUACAUCCCCACUUUCAACAACCAUAUACAUGGUUUACAAAGCCUUACCCCAAGUUUAAGCCUAAUGUGAAACUAGCUAAUUAUAAAUUUAAAAAUAUUUCUAAGUCGCUCUGGAUAAAAGUAUCUGCUAAAUGAAUAAAUGUAACAUUAGCUCUAAACCAAACCAUGAAAAAUAGCUGCUGAGAAUGUUGGUCCUGGACCAUCAAGGACAUUGACCUAUGUACUUGUCCUAGUGCCAUACAUGCCUGAUAAUAAUUGUUAUUUUAUAUCUCUGCAUAUUAAUGUGUUUAAAUCAAUGAAUUUAUUUCUUGCACUGUAUCACCUGACAGGUGAAACAAUGGUGGAUCAUGGUGUUUUUUGGAAAUAGGAUACAUUUAAUAUACUUGGCCAACCUUGAGUGUGAUGAUGAUGUUUUAGGUUUUUGCUUAUGGAAAUAAAAAUCACCGUUAUGUUUCUAUACUA